AUAUCUCCUUCGACUUCCUGUAAAUAAACUAAUCCCCGAUCUGAGUGUAUGUGCGUAUGUCGGCCUCAUCAACACACACCCACACACACAGAGAGAAGAGAGUGUGUUUUUCGACGACUUCUAUUGCAGCUUUCCCAUAAACAUUACUUACGAUGCGGAGUACAUACAUUUACUUAAUAGCAAGCAAAGCAAGUUUUUGGCCUGCGUUCUCAGUAGUGGUGCAAGCGAAACUUUUUACGUAUACGUACCAGUAGUUUUGUCGAUCGGUGCUCCCUGCCACCCACUUACACUAAGUAGUUGACUAACUAGAACUUAAUCAAGAUCACCGAACAAAUGCCGCCUAAAUUGACUGUCUCGUAUUGUACUCUUCUUUCUUUCUUUCUGUCAUUUGUGCCCACAUUUCGAACUCAAAUCUUUCACUAUCUCGCUUCACCCUUGCCAUUUGCAAUGCAUAAAUCGCCCUUUAAUUUAUCGAAAACGGCCAAAUGCCAGGUUAUUGCCGGCUCGAUAACCGCGCCCGGAUUCCUAGGUGCCCUGGGCCACAAUACCCGUUCCAGCUAUCACCGCGGCUACCACCCGAUGGGUGCUCCGCCCGCCACCACCACUGCGGCCAGCGCCACCUCCGCCGGGUCCACCAGCUCCACCAGUUCCAGCUCCCCAGCGGAAUCGACUGCUGCACCGCCCACCGGCCGCCAUGAGCUUUUCAAUCUGACGAGCGGCAACCAGACAAAUGUGAUUGACGAAUUGGUUUGCUAUUUAGAGAGCCGACUGUAGAAUGCUCUAGCUGCGUCUCCAAAACAAAAUAAAUAAAUAUUUACUCAGAUAUACCUGUGUGCCCAUAUGCUGCAUAUUCGUGUGGUCCUUAGUUGAUGUUGUGCUUUGAUGGAGAUCAGUGUGUCCAGUACUCGUAUUCCCCCUCCCCCUUUCGACUCCGUUGGACUUUUGACCUUACUCCCCAAUACUUAAACCUGUUUUUGCUCUCUCCUCCGUCUCUUGACCCCUUAAGCUUACUUCUGCUCCGCAAGCUCCAUUUAUUUGUUCCCCCUUCGACCCUUGCAAAGGAUACUGAUGGAAUGAAAUCUCCGAUUAAAGGCUUCCCCUUAACUCCCAGUUGAAUUUGCAAGGAAAGGCCAGCUUCGGCGUGCCGAAACUCUUUCCUUCUGGUCCAAUGCAUAAUUUUCAAUUGCCACACUCUCUGCAUGAUGUACAAACGAGUAUUUAGCCCGGCUCCUUGCCUCCUUAAGGUAAAUGUGUGUACUCUGUUUUCGCUUAUGAAUAUUUAUGUCCAGCCCCCUUUCUUUUCGUUAAUGUUUUUCCUGCUAUCCCAUUAGUAUCCUUUUUGGUUUUGCAUGCACAUUAUUAAAGCUGCCUGUGGUGGCUUUAGCAAAUAUUUGGCCCUAGGUCGGCAUUUAUGUUUGUUAAUGAAUGAAAGAUGAUAGUUACCCGAAGAUU